UCAGCAUCCGCAAGAGGCGCAUCCGUCUGGCACGGGAGCCAUCAAUCUGUUCCUAUGGCUUUGGCACCCUACACAACUAUCACAGCCAACCAGGAAGACUGCGCUCGCCUCCGUAUGCUAUGAGGGCCGUUCAACGGCUCUUCAGCUCUUCCACCAAUGGGACGCAAUGACUGAACUGAGAAGAUCGCCAACAGACGGUCGGAGUAUCGUGGAAGGCUGAGGAAGGCGGGGAGAAUGGCAGAGCUUAAAAGCAUUAUCGGGUUUUUGAUACAGCCGAAGAGCACUUCAUUCUCUCUGCAAACAUCUGAUGGAUAUGAUCUCACAAAUAAAAGUAGAAACUGUUUCCAGAUAUAUGACAUCGUCCAAGGAACCAGAAUCCAUUCGCACAAUCACGGUGUCCAUAACGUUCGACCGUGGCUAGUGAUUCCAACCGUAUCGCUUGCUGUUCGAAUCUCCCGCUUACUUGGCUCGCAAAUCUCAAGAUGCGCAACGGCGGCUCAUCAUACGUGGCAAGGAGCCCGAUUUCUAGUGAAGCUGCAUGAGAAGGUAGCGCCAUUCGUCAGCACUGACCCAGCGUGGGGAUCAGCCCACUCACCAACGCCGCACCUCGAUGCCGCUGACCAGGUAAUGCUGCGCGUGAACCUUGUACCAUCAAGUCAUCGAACAACACCGCCGUCUUACGUCUCCGCUUGGCCGAUUCCUAUAUCCGUGCGACUGCGCAACUCACAUAGUUCCCGAGAGGCUACCACAAAAUGGGACAGGUCAUCGUCGUAUGGCUCUUCAUACCCUGCAUAUGGCUCCAGUGCGUGUGUCGACAGGUGUGGAGGCUUACGCAGGCGGUUCGGUCGGAACGUUGGCUAGAGGCUGGCGGGUGGGGUCCCAUCACGGCAGGAGAUCCAGGACCACCAGCGUGUGCGGACACCCGGACAG